UAGAGAUGGCAUCGAAUAUUUUAGUAUUUAUAUUUGUUUUGUUUAUACAAAAAUUAGCGAGGUCUUUAACGAUGGAUACCUUAAAUGCGUGUUUAGUAAAUCUGAAAGGAAAAUAUCAAUGUUGCGCCGACUACGAGGAAAGAAAUGAUGCUUGCUUUGCAUGUAAAACUGGAUUUUAUUCGAGAAUGGGACAACCUUGUAAUUCUUGUCCAGAAAACUUUUUUGGCAAGGCCUGUGUGUUGGAAUGCAACUGCGACAGUCUACAAAGAUGUGAUAAUAUCAUUGGAUGCAUAUCUAGACAGACAACCACUUUAUCAACAGAACAUCAUUAUUCAGUGAACACAAUUGAGGCAACAACAAUUGAAAAAGAAUUUGAAGAGGACGAAAAAGGAAUUUCCAAACGAGACUUGUUUAUAUAUUCGGGGUCAGUUACUGGCAUCAUUGUGAUUAUUGGGCUUUAUUGUUGUUACAAUAAAAACAGAAGGAAAACAGUCAUCACUUCUACAUCAGCAAUUAUCAAUGAUACUCCUCCAGCCGAAAAUGAUGGUUUUAGAAAUGAAACAUUUGAAUUGAAUGAAAAUGUAUACCAUACGAUUGAUGAAAACAAUAUGGUAAAUUUAGGUCCACACGAAAACCCAUAUUUAGAAGUGGUAGAUGAAUCACCAAGUUCUGAUAAAUUGACAAGCAGUUCUGAAAGCAUGAAAAGCAGCAAUAGUUCCACAUCUGGCUACCUUCACCCGUAUCACAGCUUCAUUGCUACAUCGAAUGAUCAUCCAUAUUACCAAACCCAACCUGUUAAAGAAGCUAAUGAUCCAACCACAACCAAUAUUACAGACGAUCAAUACCAGGAAUGCGUCACUCCUCUCGAAAAAAUGACUGAUAUAGUAAACCAUUCGCAAGGAACUACAAAUCAGGUUAUUAAAGUUAUUGUUCAUAAAGGUGAGAGGAGUUGUUUGGACUCUGAAAAAGACGAAACUAUAUCUUCUCACAAUAAAGAAGAAAUUGUCAAUUCAGAACACUAAUAUUACAAAAAGAGUUCGUGUCCAACUGAAUCUGAAAAUGAAGAAAAUAUAACCUCAUGAGUCAAUAAACUCAUCAUAGAUACCAGGAUUGAAAUCAGUUGAACUCUUAGGUACACUUACAAAUUGAAACUUCACAUUUAACAGAUUAUAGAUAGAACCUACCAAUAACAGUUGCAAAAACAGAUUAGAAUAUUAAAGAUGAUGUGAUUACAUAUUAGUUGAUAAUAUAAACAGUAGCAAUUUAACUUCAUCAGAUGCGCGUUUCAAUAAUAAAUGUCUCUUCGGUAAUGCUGGAAGCUAAAUAUUUGCUUAUCCCAAACUUUAUAAAUAUUUCAAAGGAUAUAACUGAAGCAGAUCAAAACUAGAGAGUUGAUCUAAUAAUCACAGAUAUAUCCGCCAACAGCAACUGAGAGUUCGUCAUUUUGUUUCUGUAGUAGCA